UUUUUCUUCUUUUGGAAAGCUAAGACGUGUGUUUUCGGCUCCGCCUGUGUUCUCUGCCUGCAACUUCGACAGUGUCUCUUUGGCAACGUCUUCGCAUCUCUUAUGAAAAAGGCAAUUAAAUUGGAAAGAACACUGCCACUUGUUUGUCCAACUAUCUAUUGCGCUGUGUCACUUUUACAGCCAUUCAAUAAUUUCUUCACAACUUGAAAUCCAAUCCGUUUCGGCAGGACGCUCCCAUAACGUUGACGGGGAAAUAAAAUUUUCAUCGCCUCCCAGGCUUCACUUUUCGUUUUCUAUUUUAUAAAUAAAGCCACCGCGUGCGGCGAGACUAGUUUUCAGAAUCCGGGAUUGACAGUGUCGAAAAAGCAAGCCAGCACCGAAGUCCAAGGGAAAGACGUUAACUCGAUCGGCGAGCAAAGUGUCGCAACUUUUCGGGCAGUUCGGUUAGGUCUUUGCUUUCUAUGACAGCUUGUUCGAAUCUGUCAGGUUUACAAGAAACACUUGAGCACGACUCUUCAAGUAAUGUUUCUUUUUUCUAGCUCAAAACUCGACGUGUCAUUCCACUGCACUACAAAAGAAGAAAGGAACACAAUAAGGCUUUGUUUUCAAUAAAUUGUCUUUUUUUCGUUCUAUCUAACAAUCCACUUCUUUUCGCUUACAAUAGGCGCAGCCAACCGUAUCCCGCAACAAAGGCGAUCAUUGUGCUCCAAAGAAAUAACGCCCUCGAUGAGAAAAGAAGGAUCGAAAAAACGUUAAGCCUAAGAAGGAGGAGCAAGUCGUUGUUUUCGGCUUGUCUCGGGGCUUGUGUCGACUAUAAGCCAAGCGGACGGCAAUGGCGUGACAAACGACGUGACGCCCACCCUAUCGGUCGUAGACAGCCAGCCACAGGAGCCGGCGGGAACCAGCAACCAAAAGGGGGAGGAGGUUACUCCCCACUCUGUAGAUGUCACAUAGCCAUUUUUUCUUCGCUUCUGCGUUUGUCCCCGUCAUCGAGUCGAGACAGAUUUUUUCGGGAGCAGAAAACGAUUACUCGCCAGCGGGCGCUCCGGUCGCAAUCUGGUCGCCAUCGCAAUGCCAAUGACGCCGAUUUGAAGGCGUGGAGGGGGAUCGGUGUUGGCGUAGGAAAAGAGAAGCAGCAACUCGUUGUGUCGGAAUUCCAACCCGGCGACGAUGACCCGACCAUGUGUUGCAGCCCGAUGGAAUCUCGAUCGGUACUUCGCUGCAGUCGAGCUGGCAGACGUCCCAGUAUAAACCAGAUGUCGCGCGAAGCUGUUGACUUUUGCGGGGUAUCGGAAGUCAGAACGUACCGUACAUAUCAGGCGCAUCUCUUAUUCGCUUCGUUACCGAUGUUCGCUUGAGGCAUCUCUCCAUGCUGUUCUUUCGUGAUUUUCUCUCUUAACUGGUGGGGACGUGUUCCUUCAGUAUAUCGGCAAGACAGAAAUAAAAGCUCAGAGUCUGACGUUCUUAAAACUCAUCUCGUAUCCUGACCCCUGAAAGCUCGAGUGUUGGGUAUUCCAGUGCUAGAAAGACCACAACCACCUCCACUCUAUUUGACGGGUUGCCGUACAGCGUCGUCAUAUCCUCGCUCCCUUGCGCAAGGACCUCCUCACUCCGAUUACACUGUUUCCGAAGCAGCUUUACGUUCGAUGGACCGUCAAAUACUGUACGGAACAAGCUUUACUUUGCUGUUCUUUCCGAUCCAAAUGCUCUGACGCCGUACUGAGCUCAACCUCAACAGUUAGAUUUCAUCUUCCGCGACCGCGACAUUCAAGUUGGGAUGAUUGAAAUAUUUCCUUUCGUUUAGGCUUGUUACGAGGUACGGAAGACAUGCUUUGUACGUGACACGAACGAAACUUCCUUCUAUCAGUGACGAAGGAACGUGCCAAUAUGGUGGCUCGUCUAUAAGCUACGUCGAAUCUUUGCAGAACACUUGGCUUAUUCCGAACUUUCAUUUCGGCUCGCUGUUUUUUCAUCCGAUUGAAUGGUUGAUAAAAACAAGGCAGAGAAAGGGAGAUAGAGAGAAGGAACACGAUGACACAAAUCACCACAAUAUCUUAUUUCUAGCCCAUUGUCGUCAAGUGCUGGAAAGAGGGCACAUGGUGGUAGCUCACUGUAGCACCUGAUAAACCCGGGAAGGCGUUUUAGAGUCGUCUUAAUGACGACGCGGAUUCAUCAAGCCAAUAAGACGCGUUGGCAGCCGUCCGAGUGGUGACAAAAAGCAGUUCUACGUGCGAAACAGUGUUGGCCUGCGAAUCUACACGUCGCAUCGAGUUGUCGGUCCGCGCGACUGUGCACCGCGAUAUCGACACGACGUCUGGAACGAGCUGCGGGACGUCGCCAUUGUCUUCAGGGAAUCAACGAACGAGGAGUGACGUCCACUGCCGAAGUCACCCAACCAUAAACGUGUUUGUUUCCUGCUGUGAGUGGUGCCUGUGUGUGACGGGAGUGUGCGGUGAAAUCAUCGAGGCUCGUCGGAGGUAUUCGUGGUGCGCCGAGUGCUGUGCGUUGUGGUAAAGGUGGUAACGGAAAAAGAAAAGAACGGUGAAGAGACCAACCGCGGUAUUUGCUCAGCUGUGACGUCGUAACGUUAGCCGUACUCUCCUGACGUACACAGUCGAACUCUAAAAAGGAGGUACGAUAGCGAGGAUAUUGCAUGCAAAUCACAACAUCACAAAAGAGGUAGGAAAGCUCCGGUAAGAACCACAGCUAAGUAACUAUGAAGUAGAAGAAAGCUUGUGAGUAACAGUGAAACAGUACGACGACAAAAGACUAGGAGGAGAAAAUUCUACAAGCUCGAGAAAAGGCGAUUUCGCUAUUUAUCGCCAAGGUCCCAGCAUAGCUCACAGACGCUACCUUAAGCUUGUUCGGCGACAUCUCUGCGACGAAACUGGGAAGGCCUAUUACCAUUUGCUUCUUGCCGAACUCUAGUAAAAGCUGAAUGCGAAGUCCACAACGUGCUUUGGUGGAAAGGCAGAACUAGUUAAGCCCAUUUUUAACAAUCUCGAAUAGGAAUCUGUAAAGACGGUUGCCAAGAAAACGCACUUUGUGGGCUAAGUGGAAGCCCCCGUAAAGUUAGUCAAGUCUCUUUAGAGGGCGACAGAUACAGAAAGGCGAGGUCCAGAAAAGGCCCACACGAAGUCAGGCCCAGUUGUCCAGAUAGGUCCAGAAAAGGGGCAAUCAGCGAGUGAAUUAAGUUUCUGUCAACAGAGCAGUAGCAGAAAUUUCCCGGAACGUGUCGAGUAUUAGUGCCAGAUAGGUCCAGGAAAGGCAGACCACACUGAAAACAUUGAAAAGAGGUUCGGUGUGCGUUGUCUAAGGAAGGAUCGCGCAGACAGGUCUAGGCAAGGCGUGUGGUCGGACUGAACGUACGGUUAAUCUCGCGGUGAGCAGAAUCCCGAGGAACGUAGUCCGACAGGUCCAGGUCUAAUGCUUAGACGAGGAGUAACAGCUUAGGUGUAACGGCGUGUGACGCUUAGGUCGAGCGAGACAGUGUCUGGAAGGUCCUCCACGCGUGAUCCGGUCGGCAGACGAGCACACAGCCCCCCGUAGGCGGCGGCUUCGCUGAGACGGCAGGUCAGGCGCUGUCGGACCAGGAACGACCCCGGGGGGAGGACGUGGGCGCGAAUCCCUCGGGGCGUGGCCAAUGUCCGACGACGACGAAGAGGAAGAGAGCGUCGCCGAAGAUCUGGGGCCAGCCUACCUGACCAUGGGCGUGACGGCGUCCGUGCUCAGGGCCUACCACCGGAUCGCCAGGAUGCUGCGCAAGGCGUGGACGGACAUGCGCUUCGCCGACGACCCCGUGGAAGAGGUCGAGGUUGCGGCGGUGCGGUGCCAGCCCGAGCGCAUCGAGGACCUCUGCAGGGCCACCAAGUUCUCGCGACAGGAGCUCAAAUUCAUGUACCAGGGAUUCAAGCAGGUCUGUCCCACUGGCGUGGUACACGAGAACACGUUCAAGGAAAUUUACGCACAGUUCUUCCCGCAUGGAGAUGUAAGCCAGUACGCGCACUACUUGUUCCAGGCGUUUGACCAGGACCACAACGGUACAAUAACCUUCCAGGACUUCGUGGUUGGCCUGUCGGCGCUUUCGCGCGGAGCGCCCGUGGACAAGCUGCGGUGGGCGUUCCAGCUGUACGACUUGAACGGCGACGGCAUCAUCUCGCGCGACGAGAUGACGGACAUCAUCGUCUCCAUCCACAGCCUGGUGGGCGCCCCCCACCACGCCCACCCCACGUCGAGCGCGGGGGGCGGGGCCUCCUCCACGGGGGCGGGAAGCGGAGGGCCAGACGAUGACGAUCCGGACUCCGUCAGGGACCACGCCAACAGGGUCUUCCAGAAACUGGACCUCAAUCAAGACGGUGUUGUGACCAUCGAUGAGUUCAUCGAAACUUGCUUAAAGGACGAGAACGUGAUGAAGUCACUGGCCAUCCUCGACACGGUGCUAUGAGAGUGCCAGAAACUGUAGGCCGCUUUUUUUUUAUCAUGGUGGAACCUGAAAAAUGGCCGUGCGCGCUUGGCGCGUUGCCCUGAGUGACCAAAAUCAGGGUGGCCAAAAAGCUGGCAACGUCACGGCCACCGACGUCGUCGACGCAGAAUACUUCGCCUCGGUUCUCGUCGAAGCAAGUCGGCGCGUCGGUCCCGCGCCUCGCAACACCUCGACGGCGCUUUUGGCGCGACGCGCCAAUCUCUAUUACAGCGUCCCACGUGGAGUUGGGCUUCACGCACAAGCAGGCCCGGCGUUUUACGAACAAGCGCUCUGUAUAAGAGAGCACAAUCAUCCAUGCAUCGUUGACGGGUGGACGCUAGACAGUGAUCGCAUUGACACGAUGGCUCUUCGCUCGCGAGGCUUAGCUGUACCAACGCGAGGCGCUGGCUGUAUUUAAGACCGAAUCACACCGAGCGUCUGUUUCACGCACCAGUCGUGGGCGUCGCCUUUAGCUUAUCGAUCUGCGUUGUGAAUGACGAACCGGCUGUGUCACGCAGCUGACGUUGAGAGUUAUCAAGGCGGUAAUGCGGGCUGGCUGGUUGAUAG